AUGAGAAACGAGCAUUCCUUGGAAACAAUGAUUGACAAGUUGAUUCUAAAGAAGGUACUUGGAGGAAGCUCUGUUCGUUUGUUCGGGUGGGGACAUGAUCAUGUUGUCAUUGGUAACACUGCAGGUUCUUCUAAGAAAUCUAAGUGUCAUAGUUACGAUGAUUUGUUGGAUGAAUUGGAAACAAUGAAAAGGGAACAUGCAGCUAUGAAGCAAAUAUUGAUCGAGAAAAACAUCAUGCCCCCUACGCUUAGCACAUCAUCAGGACGAUCUCAUGGUGAUACAUCCAAGUGUGGUACACUAACCACACUCAGUUCGGACAAUCUCAUGAUGAAAAUAUUGAUAUCUAUGAUAAUAUGGAAGGCACAUUCUUGA